CUUAUUUCAACACAACGGAGCAAAAGUACGGCAGUUAUUGCAUUUCUUCUGCAGAGCUGAUGAAAGUUGGGGAGUCGCUCAGAGGAGUGUGUGUUUUCCUCCCCGGGAAGAAUCAAUGAUGACUUUCUACCACAGAUUUGCUUUACCGUCCUCUGCUCUGAGCCUCUCCCGACCCCCACUCCUCUACUUGUACGGAGGGGACAGCGGCCCCACUGCCUUGAGCCUUAUGCCGGACCGCCAGGACCCCCCACAGAAGCCACCUUACAGUUACAUCGCGCUUAUCGCUAUGGCCAUCAAGAGUGUGCCGGAUCAGCGUGCAACACUGAGCGGCAUCUACCAGUUCAUCAUGGACCGCUUCCCCUUUUACCUGGAUAACAAGCAGGGCUGGCAGAACUCCAUCCGCCACAACCUUUCCCUGAACGACUGCUUCAUCAAGGUGCCCAGAGAGAAGGGGCGACCCGGGAAAGGCAGCUACUGGACGCUGGACACCAAGUGCUUGAAUAUGUUUGAGAAUGGCAACUACCGGCGGAGAAAGAGGAAGGCAAAGAGUCCGCCGGAUGCUGCAGGACUCAAGAACAACAAAGACUCCAUCAGAGACCAUGUCUCUUCUCAGAAACCCAAAGCGUCCUUGGUGGUGGAGAUGACACUUAGGCAGGACGCAAAGCGAACUGAGACUCAAGCAGACCCCAAAUCGGUUCUGGUCGCGAUCAAUCCCUCUGAGGAACAGCAGAAUCUUCUUACGCACAAACAGAAAGUGUGCCGUGCAGUCAAACCCCCCAGAAGGAAGCUGGACCAGCACAUACCUGAGCCAUCACCGACGCUUGGACGGAUGGAUAACACGUCUCAGCUUUGCUACUCCGCUGCUCUCGAGUCCGGUUUCGGAGCACAUGUUCCCAGAAGGGACAAAUGCAAAGGUUUCAGCAUUGAGAGCAUCCUAGCAAAGUGAAGAACUGCAAGCUGCAUCAAGAACAGGGAUCGUUACAGUACUGAUGUUGGUCCAAAUGUGCUCAUGGACGUCGGACACAUGACUUCAUUUAUCACGCACGAUCCCUGAUAAAGGUCAGCUUUGGAAAUGAAAAAUAUAAUUACACGUAACAGUUUUAACAUUAAGAUACAAUGAGACUUUAGAUGCAAAAGAACCCUCAGUUACUUGGAAAUAUUCUGUUAUAUCACUCAGCUAAAUCAAAAUGUGCUUUUACUUUCACUUUCACGAUAUACAGUGUACAUAUUUCAUUCAAAUAACUUACGACUCGGCUGGUGUGUUUGUUUGUUUUUGUAACACCUUCCGUAUUCAAAUGUAUAUUAAUUA